UAUAUGUGUAUUUUAUGGACCAUUUUAGUACCUCCGUUUAUGAAUCAUUCAAUAGAGUUGACAGAUCCUCAUUUAUAGCUCUUCAACCAACUCAACGACCGUUAUCAGUAGAACCAGCUGCUUUGGCAGAUGCUGCAAUCAAGUCAUCAGAAGUGGACAAGGCGACUGGUCGAUGUAUAUGCUGUCACUGUGAACUACAAUACCCAGAAUUAAUAUCUCGAUUUCGUUGUCCUGUAUGUGGCACGGUGAAUGAUUUGAAACCUCCUUUGGAAAAAGUAUGUUUACAACCUCCCCUGACUCUACGAUACUUCAAACAAUUGGUCAAUGAAUGUAAAAGGAAAGAAAAGAUGGAUACUACUCAUACAUGCAAGGAAUUAUUUUAUCAACCAGUUGAAGAUUUAAUCGAUGCUACUUUUGGAAAUUGGAUGUGUCUUAAUGAUAGCUUUUCAAAUGGAAACACAACUACUACUGAAGAUUGUGGUGUGGCAUUGGAAGAUACUCGACGAAUGUAUAAAAUCUUACUCAGCUUGCCUAUCAAUGUCAUUCGAGUCAUGAUGAAAGCAACAGAUAAACUAUUGAAACGACCGACUGUCCCUCUACGCCGCAUGAGUGAUAUUCGAUUCCUUUUGAUCAUUUUGGAGAAUCCUCUGUUAGGUCAACACAAUUUCCCUGCUGAAACAAAAUAUCAUUACAACAUCCUGCAACACGUGUUUGGUCUUCUCAGCUGCCUCAACAACGAAUGUCAUCAUGCUCUUGUCAAUUGGUUUUCAAGAUAUUCACCAGCCACGUUUGUGAAACAAGUUGAAUUGGUACAAAAGUUUAUGGCUCAUCGUAUCACUCGUGCAUUGAAAAGCAAGAGGGAUCUACCAAUGGCGUAUGAAUCAGAUUGGAAAGUGGCCAGUGCUGCUCGUGUUAUGGCCUUAUUAUUUACAGCCAAUCAAAAAUCAUCCAAGACAGCUUUAUCCAACUUUUACAACACCAUGGUGGAUUACAUUCAUUUGAUGGCGGAUUUUGAAUCAUGGCAAUCACAAUCAGGAAAAUUUGCUUUUUGUCAGUACCCUUUCUUGAUUAGUAUGGGAGCCAAGAUGCAAAUUAUGGAAACGGAUGCAAAACAACAAAUGGAAAUCAAACGACGAGAGGCAUUCUUCAAUAUGCUCUUUCAUCAACGUGCUUCUUUACCUUACUUGGCGUUAAGUAUUCGACGACAACAUCUGAUUGAUGACUCUUUACGACAGUUAGUGCAACAUGAAUUGGAUCUCAAGAAAUCACUACGCAUAAAAUUUGUUGGGGAAGAAGGUGUAGAUGCUGGUGGAUUACGUAAGGAAUGGUUUUUACUAUUGGUACGCUCUUUAUUUGAUCCUCAAUAUGGUAUGUUUACGUAUGAUGAAGAAGAAGAAAGUACUCUUUGUUGGUUUAAUCCUGGAAGUUUUGAAAAUGAAGAUCAAUUCUUUUUGGUGGGCCUAGUUCUUGGUCUCGCUAUAUAUAAUUCCACUAUCCUGGACAUUCAUCUUCCUUUGGCUUGUUAUAAGAAAUUACUGGAUCAAAAGGUGGGAUUAGAAGAUUUGGCCGCAUUUCAACCUAGUUUGGCUCGUGGAUUGCAGCAACUCUUAUCUUUUACUGGUGAUGUAGAAUCUACAUUUUGUCGUACGUUUGUGGUGGAACGGAAUAUAUUUGGAGAACGUCAAAUUGUACCUUUGUUACCAGGUGGGGAGAAUAUAAUGGUCACCAACAAGAACCGAUUUGACUUUGUGGAUCUUUAUGUGGACUACGUACUCAAUAAAAGUGUUGAUCAUCAAUUUGGCGCUUUCCAACGUGGCUUUUAUCAUAUAUGUGGUGGCAAUGCUCUUUCAUUAUUCCGACCUGAAGAAAUUGAACUACUUAUACGAGGUAGUGAUCAACCUUUGGAUAUUGAUCUAUUACGUAGUCGUACAGAAUAUCAUGGUUUUGAACAAGAUGAUCCAAUCAUUACAUAUUUCUGGAAUGUCACCAAGGCAAUGGAACCAUCUAUGCAAAGGAAACUCUUGAUGUUUGUUACAGGAAGUGAUCGUAUCCCAGCUACUGGAUCAAGUCAACUCUACCUUCAAAUUACAUGUGGUGGUGAAGAUGUUGGUCGACUUCCUUCAGCUCAUACUUGCUUCAAUCAAUUAAUCCUUUAUCAACACAAAACACAAGAUAGGUUAAAACAAUUGUUGGAGACAGCGAUAUUAGAAAGUCAAGGGUUUUAUGUAAAAUAAUAUAAUACCAUUUAGUUUCAAUUUUUUUUUUUAGUAGUAGUUCACCAUUAUACCUCUUUUAUAUAUACACACACUUCGAUUCUUAGUCGUUGAAAUAAAAAGACUGUCGACAUUAAAAAAAAAUAAUCUUUCUCGCGUCAAAUCCAUACUAUACGUUUAUCAUUAUCCAUAUAAUUACAAAUAUGAUAUACGGUGCAACUAAAACAAUUCUUUUUAGUAUUGACCUUUUCAUAUUUCACAUUCAUCAUGAUAAAGAUUUUACUUCUUUAUUUGUUAUAUUCAUCCAUCACUGUUUUGUGGUGUGUUG